AAAAAUAUUUCAAAGAUGAAUAAACUGGAAAUCUCUGAGAUGGACGAUUUGUCGUCGACGUCGACUCGCAGCAGUGACGACAUGGUGGAGGUGUACGAGAACGUGACUCGCAUCGUCUGGGUGGACCCUAAACAGCCAUCUGCAUCCGGGAAGAUGUUGGUCAACAUAUUUGUUGAAAAUUCUAAAAAAAUAACUCAAAAGAAACUUAAAGCUAAAGCUAAUUGGCAACGUCUGUGUCACGGGAUUUACCAUCGAAAACUGAACACCGGCGACGACCCGGCACUGAACACGAAAACUGGAAACGAGGCCCUGGCAUCAAAGGAUUCGAAAUGCUGUGGAGAUGCGGGAUCUUCAAAGAAUUCCAAGACGAUUGCUGCAAAUGUGGCACGCCAAACGCAUGAGGGAGUCUAAGUGUGUGUGCUGAGGGGGGAGCAUAGUUGCAUUGGCCAAAAAGUUCUUUUCUAAAUUGCUAAAAGAGCGUACUAAAUAUUUCGAACACUGUGCCAAACAGAAAUCUUUCGAUGCAAAUACAAACCAAUACUUAAUAUUAUA